AUGGGCUAUCAUUUUCGAUACUUGUUGUUUCUGACUAUUCUGACCGACGUUUCUGGAGAAGAACCAUCUAUGACACGUAUUCCUGGGAAGCCAGGAAUCUUUAAAACCUCAGAAACUUUGGAAACUUCUUGGGAGGAGUGUAUGGUGAAAUGCAGAGCAGAUAUCAAUUGUUCGGUGGUCUACAAAACGUCUGAUAUUCAAUGCCAGUAUUUUCUAUUCGGAAGCAUUUCAACAAUUCAACAAGCUGCUCCUAAAGGGGUUGAAAUAGCAUUAAAAAUCCAACUCUCAGGAAACCAAUGUCCCAUUUCCAAUCCUCUGGUUCCUGGACAUACUUAUUACACUCAAAUCAUCAAAAGCCAAUUUUACAAAACCACAUUGUCUCAAGAUUCUCUGUCCAACAAUAUCUACAACCUGACCUACAUUGUCUCUACCUGUCCAGACAAUACAAAGUUAUUCCAGAGAGGAGAGACUAUUGUAGUUUGUAUUGGUCUUUACUUUUUCGAAGACCCUCGUUGUAAUAAUGCUAUGGAAGCAUCCGCACUUUGUAAAGCACAGAAUGGAACACUGACCGGUCCAGCAAAUGCUGAUGAGUAUGAGUACAUACAAGAAAUAUCCUACUCCUCCGUGGACACCUCUAACCCAGACUCAUUUCAAUAUUUGAUCUACUGGAUAGACGGCGCUGGUACCAACACAAAAAAUGACUACACAUUCGAAGACCCUACACAUAAUGGAAGUACCAAUUAUAAAUGGAUUGGAGGUGCACCAAUAGCUAAACGAACUGGUUACUGUCUAAAUAAUCCAAAUCCUCUCUCUUUUUAUAUUGCGGAUAAUUCAUGUACCGAUACUGUCUUGUCUCCUAAUGCUGUUUGCUGGAGAGGAGCGUUGUGUCAAGUUCCACCAAAAAUUGAAAUAGUUUGA